AUGGUAAUACGGAAGAAAACCAGUAUAUACCAUAGAUACCAUCGAUACCAUAGAUACCAUGAAUACCAUAAAUACCAUAGAUACCAUAGAUACCAUAUAUACCAUAGAUACCAUAUAUACCAUAGAUUCCAUAGAUACCAUCGAUACCAUAGAUACCAUGAAUACCAUAAAUACCAUAAAUACCAUAGAUACCAUAGAUACCAUAGAUACCAUAGAUACCGUAGAUACCAUAGAUACCAUAGAUACCAUAUAUACCAUAGAUACCAUAGAUACCAUAUAUACCAUAGAUACCAUAGAUACCAUAGAUACCAUAGAUACCAUAGAUACCAUAGAUACCAUAGAUACCAUAGAUACCAUAGAUACCAUAGAUACCAUAGAUACCAUAGAUACCAUAGAUACCAUAGAUACCAUAGAUACCAUAGAUACCAUAGAUACCAUAGAUACCAUAGAUACCAUAGAUACCAUAGAUACCAUAUAUACCAUAGAUACCAUAGGUACCAUCGAUACCAUAGAUACCAUGAACACCAUAAAUACCAUGGAUACCAUAGAUACCAUAGACACCAUAGAUACAAUUGA